AAAAACCUUGGAGUCACCCUGGACCCCUGCCUCUCUUAUUCCCAGCACAUCUCCACUCUGGCACGCACUUGCAGAUUCUUCCUGAGCAACAUCCGAAGAAUCCGACCCUUCCUCACCAACUAUGCUACCCAGCUCCUGGUCCAGGCCCUGGUACUCUCCCGCCUAGACUACUGCAACUCCCUCCUGGCUGGCCUCCCUGCGUCCGCCACCCGUCCGCUCCAGCUCAUCCAGAACUCUGCUGCUCGCCUGGUGUUCUCUCUACCUCGCUUCGCCCACGCUACUCCACUACUCCGCUCGCUCCACUGGCUCCCGAUCACCGCUCGCAUCCAGUUCAAGACUCUUGUACUAGCCUACAGAUGCCUUGAUCAGACUGCACCCAGCUACCUCCAGACCCUCAUCUCUCCCUACACCCCCACUCGACCUCUCCGCUCCGCCUGCACUAGAAGACUGGCUCUACCUCCGCUACGCUCCCCUGCCUCCCGAGCCCGCUCCUUCUCCACCCUUGCUCCGCAGUGGUGGAACGACCUUCCUACAGAUGUCAGGACUGCCCAGUCCCUGACCACAUUCCGGCGCCUCCUUAAGACUCGCCUCUUCAAACAGCACCUGUAGAACUCCUCUGUUGUAUCCUGGGACACUAUCACCCUUCAUUUAAAUAUGCUUUAUUUUGCUCUUAUCUGCCCCCUAUUUUACUGCAUUUAAUCCUGUACCUCAGAAUAUUGUAAUCUCCCAAGUGUUUAAUCUGUAGUAUUUUGUACUUAAUCAUAUCCUGAUGUAACUAUCACUACUUAAUCAUAUCCUGAUGUAACUUUCACUAUUAUCUGCUGUAUUAUUGAAUUGUGGUUUGUCACACUUGAGAAUUAUUGUAUUUCUUGUUCUUAUUGUAUGACUUAUAUUGUAACACUUGAAUGUAUUUGUAUUUGCUUGCGAUUGUAAGUCGCCCUGGAUAAGGGCGUCUGCUAAGAAAUAAAUAAUAAUAAUAAUAAUAAUA